AUGCAACGAGCUUUCAGGAAAGAUCAACCGCUCUCUUUUCCAAUGAAAGCCACUCUAGGAAUGGGAGCUGGCGCAUGUGGAGCACUAGUGGGAACUCCCGCAGAGUUAGCAUUAAUCCGAAUGACAGGUGAUGGCCAUUUGCCACCUGAACAACGACGAAACUAUAAGAACGUGUUCGAUGCACUGAUCCGUGUUGUGAAAGAAGAAGGGGUUCUCGUACUCUUUCGAGGGUGUACACCAACAGUGCUUCGAGCUAUGGUAGUAAAUGCUGCGCAGUUGGCCACUUACUCUCAAGCGAAACAAAUGAUUCUUUCCACAGGGAAAAUCCACGACGGAAUAUUUUGCCACUUUUGUGCUUCAAUGAUUUCCGGCUUAGCAACUACAAUAGCAUCCAUGCCUGUUGACAUUUUAAAAACACGAAUUCAAGCGAUGAAGAUUAUAGAUGGAGUGCCUGAGUAUAGUGGUCCCAUAGAUGUGUGCGUGAAGUUACUCAAGAAAGAAGGAGUGUUUGCUUUUUGGAAAGGCUUCACACCCUAUUAUAUGAGGCUCGGACCUCAUACAGUGCCUUCAUUUUUCAUUGGAGCAGGUUUCUUGAUUGAGCAGUUUAAUCGAGGUUACAUCAGAAUGUUCCAUCCAGAAAAAGGCAAAUGA